UUCAAAUCAGCAUUCAGUUACACCGAUGAUCGACACAAAGAUAUGUAUUACCAUAACGAAGAAAUUUAUAAACCACCUUUCAUCAUUCAUUUGUGUUCCUGUAUUGUGAUGUCUUUCAGCUUUCUACUUGUAGUUCUGACUUUUCCUGUCUCAGCAUGGAUUUGCUUCAAGAUGGUACACCAAUAUGAAAAACUGGUUUUAUUCAGACUUGGGAGACUACAGUCAGCAAAGGGACCAGGAAUUGUAAUGGUUCUUCCAUGUAUUGAUAAAUGGAGGAAAGUUGACAUGAGAACUCGAGCAUUUAACGUUCCACCUCAGAAGGUAUUCACAAACGAUGGCGCUGUCAUCAGUAUUGGUGCUGUAAUACACUUUGAAAUCAAUGAUGCCAUUACUUCUGUCACUGCAGUACAAGAUCUGAACCAUUCCACUAGAUUACUGGGACAAACUUCACUCAUGAAUUUGCUGUCUUCUAAAUCAGCACAAGAAAUUGAAUCAGAAAAGGCGAUAUAUAACCAAAGUUUACAGAUUGAUCUUAACUCAGUUACACAAAACUGGGGAGUCGCUGUCACUAGAGUUGAACUUACUACUAAACAGAUUCCAAUGAAACUUGUGUUCGGUAAUUCUACUAGCCCAUCUCCCAUACAAACGCUUGCUGCUGCCAAUGGACUUGGGGAGGCUGUUGCCGAGAAAACACAAGCGGCUACAAUGUCUCCAAGUGAUAUUUUAUCUGCUGUUAAAUUGUUACUCAAUGAUUCAUUGGUACAGAGUGUUGGAGCUGUGUAUAAAUUCAUAUUGCAAGGCAACGAUGGGGGAACGUUUUACUUGGACCUUAAAAAUGGUUCGGGUGAUGCUGGCAGUGGUGAUCCAAAUGAAGAACCUGACGCUGUAUUGGAGAUGACGACAUAUGAUAUGCAAAUGAUGUUUUCUGGUGAACUUCGACCUUUCCAAGCCUUCUUAAGUGGAAGAUUAAAAGUGACUGGUGACAGAGCUUUAGCCAUGAAACUUGAUCAAGUUAUUAAAGGACUCCAAGAUUCAAGCUGUUAA